AUGUCCGGCAGCGGCGAUGUGACCCUCUUCGAAGAGUCCUUUACUGUUACCAACUACGAUCAGUCCAAGUACGAUCGAGUUGCCCGAAUCUCCGCUACUUCGACAGACAACCAGACUCUCAUGACCCUUGACAUCAACAUCGAGCUAUUCCCUGCUUCCGUUUCUGACAGUCUUCACGUGGUCUUGGCUACUUCCCUAGCCCACGACGGGAGCAAGGACGACGAGAAGGGAUGGAGGGACGUCACUAAAGGGAACCAAGACCGGGAGCCCACGCUCGCCGACAUGUUUGACUACGUCUGCUACGGAAAGAUUUACAAGUUCGAGGAUGCCGAUGAUGGCCAGACCAUCAAGGCCUACGUCUCCUUUGGCGGUCUCUUAAUGUCACUCGAGGGCCCCUACAAAAAGCUUACUCCCCUGAGAGUCGACUACGUCUAUCUGUUGAUCAAGAAAUGA